AUGUCGUAUAUGCUCCCUCACUUGGAGAAUGGAUGGCAGGUCGACCAAGCCAUCUUAGCCGAAGAGGAUCGUGUUGUGGUGGUGCGAUUUGGACACGAUUGGGACCCAACAUGUAUGCAAAUGGACGAGACACUCUUCAAAAUCGCACCGAAAGUCAAGAAUUUCGCCGUCGUUUACUUGGUAGAUAUCACGAAGGUGCCAGACUUCAACAAGAUGUACGAAUUGUACGAUCCAUGUACGGUCAUGUUCUUCUUCCGCAACAAACACAUCAUGGUGGAUUUGGGAACCGGUAACAACAACAAGAUCAACUGGGCAGUUACCGAUGGUCAGGAGCUAAUCGACAUCAUCGAGACAGUCUACCGAGGCGCUCGCAAAGGAAGGGGUCUCGUCAUCUCACCAAAGGACUACUCCACCAAGUACAAGUACUAA